AUGUCUGGAUCUGUUCAGAUGGACCUGCUGGAUCUGUUCAGAGUGACAGCUGUCAGCAUCAACAACCCCUGGUGGAGAGUGGACCUGCUGGAUCUGUUCAGAGUAACAGAUGUCAGCAUCAACAACCCCUGGUGGAGAGUGGACCUGCUGGAUCUGUUCAGAGUAACAGAUGUCAGCAUCAACAACCCCUGGUGGAGAGUGGACCUGCUGGAUCUGUUCAGAGUAACAGCUGUCAGCAUCAACAACCCCUGGUGGAGAGUGGACCUGCUGGAUCUGUUCAGAGUAACAGUUGUCAGCAUCAACAACCCCUGGUGGAGAGUGGACCUGCUGGAUCUGUUCAGAGUAACAGCUGUCAGCAUCAACCCCUGGUGGAGAGUGGACCUGCUGGAUCUGUUCAGAGUAACAGCUGUCAGCAUCAACAACCCCUGGUGGAGAGUGGACCUGCUGGAUCUGUUCAGAACAGUAACAGUGUCAGCAUCAACAACCCCCUGGUGGAGAGUGGACCUGCUGGAUCUGUUCAGAGUAACAGCUGUCAGCAUCAACAACCCCUGGUGGAGAGUGGACCUGCUGGAUCUGUUCAGAGUGACAGCUGUCAGCAUCAACAACCCCUGGUGGAGAGUGGACCUGCUGGAUCUGUUCAGAGUGACAGCUGUCAGCAUCAACAACCCCUGGUGGAGAGUGGACCUGCUGGAUCUGUUCAGAGUAACAGCUGUCAGCAUCAACAACCCCUGGUGGAGAGUGGACCUGCUGGAUCUGUUCAGAAGUAACAGCAUCAACAACCCCCCCUGGUGGAGAGUGGACCUGCUGGAUCUGUUCAGAGUAACAGCUGUCAGCAUCAACAACCCCUGGUGGAGAGUGGACCUGCUGGAUCUGUUCAGAGUAACAGCUGUCAGCAUCAACAAACCCUGGUGGAGAGUGGACCUGCUGGAUCUGUUCAGAGUGACAGCUGUCAGCAUCAACAACCCCUGGUGGAGAGUGGACCUGCUGGAUCUGUUCAGAGUGACAGCUGUCACCAUCAACAACCCCUGGUGGAGAGUGGACCUGCUGGAUCUGUUCAGAGUAACAGCUGUCAGCAUCAACAACCCCUGGUGGAGAGUGGACCUGCUGGAUCUGUUCAGAGUAACAGCUGUCAGCAUCAACAAACCCUGGUGGAGAGUGGACCUGCUGGAUCUGUUCAGAGUGACAGCUGUCACCAUCAACAACCCCUGGUGGAGAGUGGACCUGCUGGAUCUGUUCAGAGUAACAGCUGUCAGCAUCAACAACCCCUGGUGGAGAGUGGACCUGCUGGAUCUGUUCAGAGUAACAGCUGUCAGCAUCAACAACCCCUGGUGGAGAGUGGACCUGCUGGAUCUGUUCAGAGUAACAGCUGUCAGCAUCAACAAACCCUGGUGGAGAGUGGACCUGCUGGAUCUGUUCAGAGUGACAGCUGUCACCAUCAACAACCCCUGGUGGAGAGUGGACCUGCUGGAUCUGUUCAGAGUGACAGCUGUCACCAUCAACAACCCCUGGUGGAGAGUGGACCUGCUGGAUCUGUUCAGAGUAACAGCUGUCAGCAUCAACAACCCCUGGUGGAGAGUGGACCUGCUGGAUCUGUUCAGAGUAACAGCUGUCAGCAUCAACAACCCCUGGUGGAGAGUGGACCUGCUGGAUUUGUUCAGAGUAACAGCUGUCAGCAUCAACAACCCCUGGUGGAGAGUGGACCUGCUGGAUCUGUUCAGAGUAACAGCUGUUAGCAUCAACAACCCCUGGUGGAGAGUGGGCCUGCUGGAUCUGUUCAGAGUGACAGCUGUCACCAUCACCAACAGAGGAGAUGAUGUUCCUGAGAGGCUUGAUGGUGCUGAGAUCCGCAUCAAUAACUCACUGGAGAACAACAGCAUCAACAACCCCAGAUGUGUUGUCAUCUCCAACAUCCCAGCAGGAGAGACCUACACCUUCCAGUGUAAUGAGAUGGAGGGUCGCUAUGUUGUUGUGGUGAUCCCUGAACAGAACAAGAUUCUCACUCUGUGUGAGGUGGAAGUUUACGGCCUUCCUGCAGGUAAUCAUCUGUAACUGUCGUCGCUCUUCAGAUUUAUUACCAAGGUAUCAUCAGGGUUUCUACUACGUCACAUGCGAUGUGUUCAGCAAUUACAUCACAGGAUCCAUCUUGUUGUGAAAUAAGUAGGACAAGUGUUGUUGCCAAAGUUAGAAUAAACUCACUGCCACUCAAUUUUUUUUGUAUUUUUUCUAGCUUUUUCUACCUAGACAAUUUUUUUUGCUAUUAUUUUUAUUUUUUCGUAUAAGUGUGUCCUGUAUUCAUGAUGUCCCCAUUGGCCCGAUACGUCCCCAUUGGCCCGAUACUUCCCCAACAAGUUACACCCACAUCAAACUACACCCCCAAGCCAACUCAAGUUUGGUUCCUGUCAUGGCCGCCCGCAUUUCUUGAGGUGCAAGCCAAAAAACAUGGCCGAAUCAGCUGUUGCAGUUCCCCUUCAACCUUUAUCUAGUUGUUUUCUAGACGUCUCCUGGUUCUGUAUGUUUAUAGUGUUCUAUGUGUGUCUUCUUUCUUUCCCACUUCUCAGCUGUAAUGCUCUCUUUUUGAGUGUGGGUUCCUUAUACUUUAUCUUGCUUUAUCUUGGCCAGGUCGCAGUUGUAAAUGAGAACUUGUUCUCAACCCGCAUACCUGGUUAAAUAAAGGUGAAAAAAAAAAUUGAA